CAUGCACAGAAUAUGCCAACAGUAGAGCAGCUGCAUUCCCUUUUCUGCUGGUGUCUCUCUCUCUUUUGGCUUUUUUAUUCUGUUGUGUCUCCACCAUGUUGGGAUGGCUACUUCUACGGACUUUGCUGGUCCUUUGGCUGGCGCAUAGUGCGCACCUGAAGAACAAUGGAAAUGGUGGGGGUGUUGGAAGGAUGUUGAUGCCAUCCAAUGGAUAUGGAUACAAGGGAAUUGGUUACAGUGCUGGAGCCGGAGUGCCCAAUGGAAACGGUGCCAAACCCAAUGGUUAUGGUGCUCCUGCAGCUAUGUCCAAUGGAAAUGGUGCUAAACUCAAUGGUUAUUAUGGUGCUCCUGCAGCUGUGCCUAAUGGAAAUGGUGCUAAACCCAAUGGAUAUGGUGCUCCAGCUGCUGUACCCUAUGGCCAAAGGUCAAAAGGCUAUAGUGCUCCAGCUGCUGUACCCAAUGGAAAUGGUCAAAAAUCAAAAGGUUAUGGUGCUCCUGCAGCUGUGCCUAAUGGAAAUGGUGCCAAGGCCAAUGGUUAUGGUGCCGGUGUGCCUAAUGGCAAUGGACAAGGAGCUAAACACAAUGGUCAAGGAGCUGGAGCUGGUGCACCCAAUGGACAUGGUGCUCCGAAUCCAAAUGCUGGCAUGAAAGGACCCAUGAAAGGAUACGGCCGACCACCUUUUGGUGCAGGUGCUUCUCUUGGAGUGGGGACUCGAAAGGGUCUGGGGGUACCUCAACUAGCUACAAACAGGAGGGGAGUGUAUGGCGGUAAUGGAUAUGGCUCACAGCCAAUGAAUGGCUACAGGCCAAAUGGUGCCUAUGCCAGGGCUGGUCUUGGCCUGGGUGGUGGCCUCUCGGCUGGAUACUCUAAUGGAGGAGGCCAAAAAAGUUACGGCGGUCCCAAUGGACAAGGUGUUAAACCCAAUGGUUAUGGUGCUCCUGCAGCUGUGCCAAAUGGAAAUGGUGCUAAAAAAAACAAAGGCUAUGGUGCUGGAGCUGAUGUGCCAAAUGGACAAGGUGCCAAACCCAAUGGUUAUAGUGCUGGAGCUGGUGUACCCAAUGGACAAGGAGCUAAACCCAAUGGUUAUGGUGGUGUACCCAAUGGAUAUGGUUCCAGACCCAGUGGGUAUGGAUAUCCCAAUGGUGGGGCAAAGGCACCCAAACCAGGUCAUGGUGCAGGAGCUGGUGUACCCAAGAGAUAUGGAGCUAAACCUAAUGGUUAUGGUGCUGGAGCUGGUGUGUCCAAUGGACAAGGAGCUAAUGGUUAUGGAAAUGGAUCACCUCAACCUCAAAAUACUAAAGGUGUCGGAGCAGGUGCACCCAUUGGAGGAACUGAAGCGUCCAAGGGAGGAGCUAAAGCACCAAAUGGUGGGUAUGGUGUUCCUGCUGGUGUACCCAAUGGACAUUUGGCUAAAGUAGUCAAUACUGGUUACGGCAUGCCAAAUGGAUACAGCAUGUCAAAUGGUCAGGGUACUAAAGGUGUUGGUGCACCGAAUGGAAAGGGCCCCAAAGGUGAAGUUCUUACUCCUGAAGCACUAAACCUUGCACCGGCACCUGAGCCAGGAUUUGUAGUACCUGAGCCAACAAAGGGUGUAGCUCUAAUCUUUCCACAAGGGAAGACAUACCCUAAGCCAGCACCAGUUCCACAAGGGAAGCUUUUCACUAAGCCAGUACCUAUAGUACCACAGGCAAAGAGUCCAAAGACAGCGCCAGAGCCAGCACCGGUUCCACAAGGAAAGACAUACGCUAAGCCAGCACCAAAGCUAGCACCUGUCGUUCCACAAGGAAAGCCGUGCCCUAACAAAGCACCAGCGGCAGCACCAGUUCCACAAGGGAAGACAUACCCGAAGCCAGCCCCAAAGCCAGCAGCUGUAGUACCACAGGCAAAGAGUCCGAAGCCAGCGCCGGUUCCACAAGGGAUGCCGUACCCUGAGCCAGCACCUGUUGUUUCACAAGGGAAGCCGUACCCUGAGCCAGCACCUGUCGUUUCACAAGGGAAGCCGUACCCUGAGCCAGCACCUGUCGUUUCACAAUGGAAGCCGUACCCUGAGCCAGCACCUGUCGUUUCACAAUGGAAGCCGUACCCUGAGCCAGCACCUGUCGUUUCACAAGGAAAGACGUACCCUAAACUAGCACCAGAGCCAGCCUCACAGGCAAAAAGUCCAAAGCCAGUGGCACCAGCCGUGCCUCAAGGAAAGAGUCCCAAAGUACCAGAUAUGGUAGAUGGUGAAGGAGCUGGGAACCCCAAUGGCAAUGGGCAGGGAGCUAAACCAGCCAAACCUGACGGUGGACCAUCAGGAGUGCCAAAUGGACAAUGGGUGAAAAUACCCAGUAAUGGUUAUGGUCCAGGAGCUGGUGUCCCCAUUGGCUUGGGUGCUAAACCCAAUGGUUACGGAGGAGGAACUGGUGUAAACGGAGGUGGUGCCCCCAAUGGCUAUGGUGCAAAACCCAAUGGUUACGGUGUCGGAGCCGGUGCACCGCACGGACGUGGAGCCAACCCCAAUGGUGAUGGUGCUUUUGCAGGAGGCUAUAAUCCUGUUGCUGCUGGCUAUGGAUAUGGACCUGGAGCAGGUGAAAAUCCUUUCGCAGGGAAACCCAAACAACAUAGUGGUUAUGGUCAAGGUGUCUACCAUGGAGCUGGUUAUGGCUAUGACGCAGCUGCAAAUGGAAAUGGCUACGGUGCACCUGCAAUUGGUGUGCCUGCUGGUAUGGAGGGAAAAUCAGGUGGGGUUGGUGCAGGACUUGAAGAGCCUGCAAAUGGCGGCAAAUAUGGUGGUUCCGGACCUUAUGGUGGAGCACCAAUCAUUCCUGCUGGACUGGAUGGAACAAGUCAGUUUGAACCUCAACCCGCUGGCCUACGUCCUGAUGGGAAAUCAGGUGGAAUAUAUGGUGGAUUGGGUGGGCCAUAUGGUGGUCAGCCCCUCGGAAUGGGCUCAGAGGCAACAUCUCAGGCCAAAUAUGGCAUUGGGGGGUUGCCAUUUGGUGGUCAACCCCUCGGGUUGGGGACUGAUGGUGCAGGCAAGUAUGGAAAUGGUGGAAUCGCCAACGCACCUGAUGUUGGCAAGUCAGUUGGUAAAUACGGAAAUGGUGGUCUACCCUAUGGAUCUCAGACUCUUGGAUUGGGUGCCGAAUCCAAAUCCUCUGGAAAAUACGGCGGGCUAGGCACUGGAAUGGGAGGGGAUCCUGCACCUGGAAAAUAUGGAUAUGGUGCACCCUAUGAUGGGCAACGUCUUGGCCUAGGGGGUGAUCCUGGGAAAUCAGCUGGCAAGUAUGGCUAUGGAGAGAUGCCAUACGAGCCUCAGCCUCUUGGACUUGGCCCCGAUUCUGGUAAAUCGAAUGGAAAAUAUGGACAGGGUAGGUUGCCAUACGAGCCUCACCCUCUUGGGCUCGGUCCAGAUGCUGGAAAAUCUGCAGGCAAAUAUGGGGCCGGUGCACCAGAAUCCUAUGCACCAGAACCUCUUGGCCUUGGUGGUGAAGGACAGAAAUCUGCUGGGAAAUAUGGUAACCUUGGACCAUACGAGCCACAGACCCUUGGAUCAGUCACUGAUGGCAAAUCCACCGGACAAUACGAAAAUCCUAUGCCUUAUGAGCCUUUGCCCCUCGAAUCAGAGACUGUCGGAAAGUCAUACGGUAACGGUAGGAGUGUAGUGGUGAAUGAGAGAAUAGGAGAAAUAGCACCAGCACAACCUACUAGACUUGAAGAAGAGGGAAAAUCUACUGACAAAUAUGGCAAUGGGGGUUAUAUAAAUGGACAAGUUCAGCCAGAAGUUGUCUCCUUCCCCCCAGCUCCCACUCCUUGGCCCUCCAUCUCCUAUCCCCCCAUCCCCUCAUUUGUGCCCGUAGUGUCCUUCUUCCCCCCCGAGGCCCCUGCCGCAGCUGUUUCAGAGGCCCCACCCAAGCCUGUGGACACUGCCAGCCUCUCCCUUGCAUCUGCGCCCAGCACCCAAAUGAAAGCCCCGCCACACGGGCCUGACACAGCGUUGCUUCAGCCACCGCACCAGAUAAACAUUCAGCAGCACCUCAAGCUGCACAUUCACCCGCAGGGCAAAUCAUGGCGAGGAGGUGCAAAGGAGAAGAAAUAUGAAUUAACAGGAUUCUUUGGGAAUAGUGGAUACUAAGGUAAAACAUUAAAGGUUGACCAGGGUGACGGUGGCCAUUUACAGCAUUUAACUUCACUAGAUUUUUUUUACAUUGCUGUUGUUGUUGUAUAUUUGUUUUAAUUCCCUUUUUAAUUGAUCUCUAGUUUUUGUAUAAUUAUUCAUAUCUCCCUGUCCAUGCCAAACCAGUCCUGCCUGACAUAUUUUUUUUAUCAUUUUCAUGCCAUGUCUGUAAUAUCACUAGAACUAAGAAAACACACAUUUAAGUUUUGUUAGGGCAUGCCUUCUUUGUAGUUUAUAUUUUCUACAAAUGUAUCUUGAUUAUGUGUCUGUCUUAUUUCAUUUCGUAACCACCUGUCUUACUCCACUUACUGGAUAAGGUGAAUCACGUUUUGAGAGUUUGUGUGCUACAAAUAUUUAAUGUGUUGAUUGAAUCAGUCCAGUUUUUGUCUGCAUAGUUUUAUAAACUCAAACUCAAACAAAUGUAUUUUGUAUGGGAAAGUUUUUUUUAUUUUUUUUUUACUACCUGUGGCAAACACCUGUAUAUUUUUGGACAGUUUUGAUGGAAUAAAAACAGACUGGAAA